CAUGGGUAUCUCUGUUUGCUUCGUUUAUGUUAAAUGUGUAUCGCAAAUCGUAAAUAUGAUUGUGUGAUUUAUGCUUGUACUUGCACGAUUCAUUUUCUUCUAUAAUGACAUUCAAAAUAAUAAUAUGUUAAAUGAAAUUACAAGUUAAAUACAUAAGGUUGAAUGAUUUUACAAAUUUCAACAAAAAUAAAGUGAAAGCGUUGUAUUUAUAUGACCAUAAAACAUGGAUUUGGAUCUUAUGGCUGUCGCUACAGAAACAGAGACGGUAUUGAGACAAUGCUUGUUGCUUGUUAUUCGAUUGGACACGAACAUGAAGCUACAGAAAGCUCAAACUUUAUUGAGAGAAGAAUUCGCAAAAAUUCAACCGAUUCCGAUACAGUUUUACAGAUAUAAAUCAGCUCUUGCAUUUUUUCUUCAACAUUGCAGAGAGCUAUGGGAAGACUUAAAACAGGAAUCUAUAAAACAAUCAGAAAAUCAGUAUGCAAAUUGCAUGUUAUUGGCAAACAAUGAAGGACAAUAUUGGAUUGAAAUUGAAAGAAACGAGGUUUUAAAAUCAAGGUCGUUGAAUGAUAAUUGUUCAACAUGGGAAGAUAAUGAAUGGAAAAAAGCAUGUGUUAAAUUUGCACCGAUUAUUCCAGAAAAAUUUCCAACACUUUUAUUCUGACGAAGAUCAGCAUGGAUAUAUUAGGCGACGCGUAAUGAAUGUUGGAUUUUCCUAGAAAUGCAAUCGUGUACUGUCUCAUUUAGACGCUCAAAAGUCACAGAGCAAAUUGACUUAUAAAGCUUAGUUUUAGAUAUAAUGUAUCACCCAGACAUACAAUAUACCGUGAAGUCAAGUCUUAGUUAUUAAUUUUAUUUUUCAUUAUCAUUUUUUCCUUUUGUAGAGACUUGUUCUGUGCAGUUUAGAUCAUCGCGUAAAAAAUUUUAUUCGACGAAAGUUCUUCCGUUAUAUUCAACGUCGUAUUCAAAGUACAUAGCACACAAUGAUAUGUAUUGUUGUUCUCGCACGCAUUCUAUAUUGUAUUGGUCAACUUCUAUUAAUAUUGUCUUUAUUUUUUACUCAU